UAUUAUUCUCCCGUUUCCCGCCCUUCUCAUUAGGCUUUACUUGAAGUGAUGACAAGAAGUCAGAUUACCUAUAUACAAUUAUUCAUUUAUAUUAAACUGAAGGUGUUUAUUUCAAAGGAUGAGUCUUAACUGCUCACAUACUUCCCCAGGAAGUAUUUCACCAUCAUGGCCAGUUGUAUUUUCUAAAAUCAUUCAUAACAAUAACAUAAUUGUUUUCAGGGUCUCACAACUUACAGUCGCUUUAUAGAAAAAAUUGCGGUCAAAAUAGUUUAUUUAUCGACUAUACAAAACAAACGAAUCAAUACAAAACCAAGUGAAACGAAGCGAACCUAACAAGGUGAUAGCGGUAAAAAGACGAUUGACUGAAACAUGCCGUAGAACUUUAUCUGAACUAACGAAAAUAAUUCACUGGGCUGAAAUAUACAAAAUGCAAAAUAAAACUUAAUUUGUAAUAUAAAAGAAGUACGUAAUAUAAGCCUUAUUAACAGAGCUACAAGAACGCGAAAACUAAAUUCAGCAACAAGCGAAAAGCACGAGCAAAGACAAUUGAGUAAUCCUAGCCUACAAAAAACAAAAUCCCCGACGAGAUACAAGUGGUAAGGUUAGAUGAGAUGAAAAAUAAAUUAGAUAGAAUCUGUUCCCCAGUCUCGAUGAAAUGAUUCUAGAUUUAUAUAUAAUCUAGAGAGGGAAAUAGAAACUCUGUCUUAAAUCGAUAUUUUUUAUGGAAAUAACUGUCUGCUUAUUUUAAGUUAAAUGAGUGAUUUAUUUUCAGGUAUCAAGUGCAGCUUCACCACUGAGAACUAUGCAAUCGACAUCGUUUCACUUAACAUAAGAUGUCUUUUUUAAACUCUCAGGAAAAUUUGUGAGGACAAAAAUGAUGAAAAUUCGCCUGUGUACUCUCAAAUGCCUUGUUAUCUUACUUGGGGUUGCAAGUCUGAUGAUAAUUGCAGGAAGGAAUUUGUAUCAAGAAUCAUUUGUAACGGAAGACAGCAAUAUUUUCAAGGAGACGCAGGUUGCAAAGCAAUUUUUCAAUCCCCUAGGGACGUCUUGUAAGCCAGAGCCUCUACUUGACAGCAUAGCAAGGCUAAACGGAAUGUUUGAUGAUCUCAAGACAUUCGUGAUGUUUAUUGGAUACUCACAGACUAUAGAGAGUCGUACUGGCGCCAUAUUGGAUGCGCAUCCUCAGAUUAUCCUUCCGCAAGAGUACGAUGUCUUAGGGAACUGGAAAAUGUAUCAAAACAAGAAGCUCAGGGAACGCGGCAAGCAAAAGUAUAUGCUGUUUUUCUUCUUGCAUUAUCUUUCCACUUUUCAAGCUAUUUUUCGAAACCAAGCUUAUAAACCAAGCCAGUUCUGGGUAUGGACAUCCAAAGUCGAGAGUGGUCGGUAUUACCCACUUUCUGAUACAUGGCAGGGGAUAACAAAUGGCAAGAUUAAGGUUAUUGGUGACACCAGUAGUGGUUCAACCACUAGACAACUUACUAGGAACCAAGGAAACUUUACCGUGCUUGAAGACAUCAAAAAUGUCAUUGGUAUUCCACUGAAAUUUCUUCACACUAUUACAAACCCAUAUGAAGUUAUUGCUUUGAAUGUAAUGAGACAGUCCAGAUCUGCCGUAGAGAUAAAUGACGCGAAGGAUGUUUUCGCCCUUGUGGAGACAAAUGCACAAAUAAGGAAGCUAUAUGGUGAUGCAGUAUUAGACAUUUCUACGGACGAUUAUAUCAAUAAUCCAAGGGAGACCAUGAUACAAAUUUGUAGAUUCCUACAGGUUAUAUGUUAUAAUAGCUAUCUCGAUAAAGUUGAAAAAGAACUUAAGAAGGAGUCGACGAGGGCUCGGGAUCAGGUGAUUUGGACCGACGUAGAGAAGGAGUGGGUCGCUGCAGAAAUAAAUAAGUACUCUUUCCUGAAGUCUUUUGAAUUUUGAAACUUUCAUGAAAAAGUAUUUUAUUGAUUGAUGGUACGAGGCCUUAAACGAGUACUCUAGUUAUUGUUUCGUAAUUUUUCUGGUAAAACAAGAAAACAUUUAAAAUUGAGGAGAUUUUGGGUAUUCAAAAAACAUCUUAAGAGGCAGGAGCUCUAUAGAGGGGCAAGGACAUACAGAAUAGCACUGGCGUUCCCUCCUUCCUAGAAGUGUAGAAUUUUAUCAAUUGACCGUUAAGGACAGUUUUUAACAUAUACGAGGUGAAGCGGGUCAUAUAGUUCAUCAUAGCAAUUUGCUUAAAGAAAGUGUAAUUUGCCUUAGCGCCGCAAUUGCUAUUGUCUGUUGUUGAAGAACCUUAGCAAGGCGUUGUGCAAUAAAUUAAUGUAAGCAAUGGAACCAGACAUUUCAGUUGAUACUCAAACCUGACUCCAAAGUGUCUAAUCCUUUAGCUCCCAUGGGUGACCAAGACAGAAUUUUUCUUUACAAUAUCACAACAAUAUCAAGCUGACAGGUGAUGAGGACAAAAAAGAAUACCAAUUAGGGGAUCAGUAGUUGAUCCAAUACCUAAUUGUCCGAACUAACAUCUAAUAGUUACAUGACCCACAAUAAGGAGAACUGCUUGUGAGAUCUGGGAGUUAAAGGGUUAACAAAAGUGUUUGAUCUUUGGAUACUUUACCUCAAGCGAAAAAAGACGCCAUAGCUAUGUUAAUGAUUAAGCAUUUCGGAUGCAGGUCAAACAUUUAAAUAAGUCAUACAGUAAUCAGUCACUCAGUUAGUCAACCGAUCAGUUAUAUUGUUAUAAUUUAGUAAAUUUGUCAAUAACGUAGUCUGUUAGUUAGUCGGUCAUGCAAUUAAACCAACUUUUUCCUUAUGUA